AUGCCGCGCCGCACGCAAGCAACUGCCCAAACAACCACAACAACCGCCCUCCCUCAAUCGGUACCGCUACCGCAGACGUUCAAAGAUGGCCUCCCGCUACCGAAAAUGCUCGUCUUCGAUCUUGACUACACACUCUGGCCGUUCUGGGUGGACACACACGUCACGCCGCCGCUCAAGGCAACGGAGAACGGUCUCAAAGUCAAAGACAAGUGGGGUGAGGGCUUUGGAUUCUAUCAGGACGUAGGCGGUGUGCUUGAGGCUUGCCGACACAAAUCUAUCAAAAUCGGCGCUGCAUCCCGCACGCAUGCUCCUGACCUCGGCCGCGAGAUGCUAAAACUCCUACGCGUCCCCAACUCUUCCAUCUCUAGUCCUUCGACCUCCGCCGGCUCUUCGACACGGGCGAUAGAGUACUUCGACUACCUGCAGAUCUUCCCAGGAUCAAAGACAACACACUUUGAGAAGUUGCAGCAGGCGACUGGGCUGCCGUAUGAAGAGAUGCUGUUCUUCGAUGACGAGAGCAGAAACAGGAACGUCGAGACGUUGGGAGUGGUGAUGUGGUUAGUCAGGGACGGGGUGACGGUCGAGGAGGUGGAUGCUGGUGUCAGGAGUUGGAGGAAGAGGAACAAGAGGGAGAAAGCUUGA